CAACAGAAAGAAGCAAACGGUCAUUUUUUUCAUCUUUCCGUGUAACAAAGCCUUAGGUCAAAGGUUAUUCACUCUUCUGCCCUACCUUGGAGACCAGCCGACUCACACAGCCGACGUUCUCAUCUGUUUUUAAUCAGAUAAGUCACCCCUUGGGGUGAGCACGUCACAACUAUCGAUGGAUCCUGAUGGACGGAAUGAAAAUAUAAAUGAGGAUGAAAGACGAAUAAGAGCAACUGCUGAGGCACUGCUAACCAGAUCGCUUCAGUCCCAGAGAAGUUCUUUCACUCAGCAUAGCAUAAACCGAAUCUCUGAUAUUGUGCUGAGUGAAGAUCUAAUAGCUGGUGCCAGACAUCAAGGCAGAAUGUCUAAUGUUCGAAGGUUCUUCUGCUUGUUCAUUACAUUUGACCUCCUGUUCACCUGCCUCAUGUGGCUAAUUUGCAUAAUGUUGGCUGGAGAUAAUGUGGAAACUGCAUUUGUGAAACAAGUUGUUCACUAUAAUAUAAAAACUUCACUUUUUGAUAUUGUGAUGGCUGCGGUCUGCAGAUUUACAGUCUUGCUACUAUUCUAUGCACUACUGUACAUAAACCAUUGGAUAAUCAUAGCUUUGUCUACCGCAGCAACUUGUGCCUUCCUCAUUGCCAAAGUCUUCUUGUUUGAUUGGCCAAGUAGUGUCCAGCCUGUCUUUGAGGUUCUUCUGAUUCUUUCAUCAUUUGUACUGGCAUGGAGUGAAGCCUGGUUUUUCGAUUUCCGGGUAAUCCCACAAGAAAUGCAGGCACGAGAUUGGCUCAUAGGUACUGCCGAAUCGGAGAGAGCACCACUCUUACAGCAAUUCCUUGCUGGCCCGCGUUCCCACUAUACGGAAAGUGUGGCUAACUUUUAUUCUCCAAUGGAGUCCCCUGAGCACUCAGAUACCGAAGAGAACGAAUGGUAUCAUAAUGGGUCCGGAGGAGUUAGAUCAUCUGCAAAUCUGAUUGUACCUAUUUUACCAAAACUCUCAUCUCAGAAGGUUGAAGAGUACCAAGCGAUUGCAUCAACGACUCUGAAUCGUGCUUGGGAACUCAUCGAUAGUCCCAACUGGACUUUUGAACUAGAGACUGAUAACGGCGACACGGUAUCUUCAAUGCAUCUUCCUAAGCCUGAUGGAAAAAUAAUGAAAAUCACCGGGAUAAUCAAUCUAUCUGCCCAAGAGCUACUUGAUGAAUUGUUCCAAAAUAUUGAACAGUCUAUUAAAUGGAACAAACAGCUGGCAGAAUCCAGAAAAAUAUUGGCGAUAGAUGAUGGAAUCGAUAUCGUAUAUCAGGCCACAGUACCUGCCGGUGGAGGUAUUGUAGGUGCAAGAGAUUUUAUUAUGUUAAGGUGUUGCAAUGAACGAAAUUCCAGCCUCAUUAGUGCCUGCAUUUCUAUACCGUUCGCAGAUAUUCCACCUCGCAAGAAUUUUGUACGGGGCGAGAAUGGCGUUGGCUGUCUGAUGAUGGAGCCUAUAGAAGGAGAGGAAAAUCAACGGUGCCGACUUACAUGGCUCCUGAACACAAACUUGAAAGGUUGGUUACCCACGCGACUAAUUGACUCCUCUCUUUCGAAUGCACUCGUCGAUUUUAUGAAACACUUGCGCAACCACGUGCAUCGGAUGAAGGAAUGAUAACCGUUGCUUUAAAGUGACGUUAAACUUGAGACCAUUCGCUACAUAGAUUAAAAUUUAUCUCAAUUCAGGUUGCAUACUUGAGUAUUUCAUCUGGCGUGCUCUUCCUGAAUACAGAGUCAAUUAUUGACUUUUUGUAUUUGGCAAUGAUAUUUGAUUUUUCCAUAGAGACUACAAAUAAUUUGAGCUGCAGAUGAAAAUCAAACCAAAGCUUUUUUCCGUUGGAGUUAUUAGUACUGUUUCGUGAAACCAGUUUUGUAAAUACCUACCGGUAAUAUCUGAAACAAGUGUGCCAUAACUGUAGUAUAGUCAAUGGGAGAGGGUGUUGGACUUUAUCUUACUCAAGGAUCAAGUGCGACUACAUUCAAUGUAGUUAACUACUCAGCCUGUGCCUUCCAAAAAUAAAAGAAAUAUCUCCCGUGCGAUUUAAUUACUUAUCUAAAGGCUCAAAAAACUGGUAACUGUAAAGCAUUUUAAUGAAAUGUAGACCAAUUGACGAACAAAUCAUUUAGCUGCAUAGUACUUAAGGCUAAAAUAUUUCCACUUUUAAUCAUUUUAAUCUAGUAUUAUUCUUGUUUUUCAUAAAAGCUUUGAAUCGAACUUAGCUCUGAACAAUGCGUUUUUUUUCGCAUUAUGUAAACCAGAGCAUUGUCAGGUCCGGCGGUGCAUCUUUACUAUUUUUAUAUUAAAACACAUGGAUCCUUUAUGUGAAUCGGUAUACACCCGUUUAUGUUUGAUAUAUGAGAAAAGCAUAAUCAAUUCACUUUUAUAAAGUAACAUACAAAAUAAUGCAUGAUUAAGGAAAACAGUGUGUGGUUCUUUUUUAUAUAUUUUCAUGCAGCCACCUUUAUGGUGAACAUGAAUAUACAUCCAUAUGGUAUGUAUGCCUAAUAGCUAUGUACGUACGUACAAAGCAAAUUAUUGUUCAUUCCGACUUGCAGGCAAAUAUAAUAGGAGUGUUCAGACUCUGAAUAUAAAUAGGGCUGCGAUAAUCUUUUCAACUAUGUAUAAAUAAUUAUUUCCUCAAGAGAAAACAAGAGUUAUAGUUAUAUGAUAA